AUGUCGAGUCCGGCCAAGGCGAGAAAGCUCAACAAUGGCAGAAAGCAGCCGGCGGCCCAGUCAAAGGGACUCGAGUACUUCUUUUCCAAGCAGAAGCAGCCUGGGACGCCAAAUCCAUCCACCGGAGAAGAUGGCGCCCCAAGCAGCUCUUCCGCCGGACUCUCAGACGAGGAACUGGCACGCAAGCUACAGGCAGAAUGGAACCAAGAGGUAGCAAGCCGGCGUCAUACUCCUUCCCAAGGCCAAAGUUCGGCAUCCAAGGACGCAGACGUGGCAACCAUCUCGAGGGAAGAAGAGGGCGAUUCUACGCCUGCUUCCAUCGGCCAGGCAGAGCAACCGGCUGCUGAUGCGGCUCCGAAGAAGCAAGACACCAAGAAGACGCUGUCUCUGCAAUCUACCGGCAUGGUGGAUGACGCAGUCACAAACUCCAUUCCUCUCGAUGAAUCUCCCCUCACCUUUGAGCCGUCAAAGUACGUAAAAGUACUACAGGAGUGCUGGGCAGCCGAAAAGGGGGACGCAACGUACGCUCUCCUCACCAGAUGCUUUGUCCUAGUUAGCGCGACGACAAGCCGUAUCAAAAUUGUCGAUACUCUCGUAAACUGCCUGCGCAUCUUAAUCGAAGGAGACCCUUCCAGUCUCUUACCGGCUGUCUGGCUGGCCACAAAUUCCAUAUCGCCUCCAUACAUUUCCAUGGAGCUUGGGCUUGGUGGCUCUGCCAUUUCCAAGGCGCUUCGUCAAGUCUGUGGUCUGGAUAACCGGUCUCUCAAGGCCAUCUAUGACAAGUACGGGGACCCGGGCGAUGUUGCUUUCGAAGCAAAGAAGAAACAGAGCUUCACAUUAAGAAAGCCAAAGCCCCUCACGAUAAAGGGGGUCUAUCAAGCCUUGGUCAAGAUUGCCACCACACACGGACAGGGGAGUGGUGAGGUGAAGCAGCGAAUCGUCGAUCGGCUGUUGCAGGACGCGCGAGGAGGGGAGGAGAGCCGUUUCAUCGUUCGAACCGUCUCCCAAUAUCUCCGCAUCGGUGCUGUCAAGACUACUAUGCUUAUCGCAUUAUCCAGGGCAUUCUUACUGUCCAAGGCCCCUGGCACUGAAUACAGCACAAGGGAUGUCACGGAACUGAGUAAGCUGAAGAAAGAAGAGUUGGCAGAAGUCUGGAGCAAGGCGGAAGAGAUUGUCAAAGCCAGCUUUGCGAGACACCCCAACUACAACGACCUAAUACCCGCCCUCCUCGAUGUUGGGGUCUGCGAAGAGCUUCUUCUGCGAUGCGGCUUGACUCUCCAUGUACCGCUGCGUCCCAUGCUGGGAAGCAUAACCAGGGACCUCUCAGAGAUGCUUACCAAGCUCCAGGGGAGAGAUUUUGCUUGCGAGUACAAGUAUGACGGACAGCGCGCACAAGUCCACUGUGACGAGAAAGGCAAAGUCUCCAUUUUCUCCAGACAUUUGGAGCUCAUGACUGAAAAGUAUCCCGACCUCGUGGACCUUGUGCCCAAGAUCAGAGGAGAGGGCAUCGGAAGCUUCAUCAUGGAAGGGGAAGUGGUGGCUCUCGAUCGAGAGUCGGGCGAGCUCAAGAACUUCCAGACGCUCACCAAUCGUGCGCGAAAGGAUGUUGCGGUCGGGGACAUCAAGAUCGACGUGUGUCUCUUUGCAUUCGACCUCAUGUAUCUGAACGGGCAAUCUCUCCUGAACCGACCAUUUCGAGAACGGCGAGAGCUUCUUCGAUCGCUAUUCACCGAAGUACCUCAUCACUUCACUUGGGUCAAAAGCCUGGACGCUACUUCGGGAGACUCCGAAGCAGUCCUCGAGUUUUUCAAGUCUGCAUUGGAGAACAAAUGCGAGGGUAUCAUGGUGAAGAUACUGGACAAUAUACCCGACCCACCUUUGGCGGAGGAAGAGGUUCAGCAGCCCAUAGAAGAAACGGAGAAGCUGUCACUACCAAAGACUAAGUCAAAAGGCAAGGGCAAGCCGAAGAAUUCUGCAAAGGCCGAUGGCGAAGAGAAAACAGCAAAGUCUCGAAGGAAGCCGCUCUUGGCGACUUAUGAACCAGAUAAGCGGCUGGACUCGUGGCUCAAGGUGAAGAAGGACUAUAAUUCGAGUUUCGACACGCUGGACAUGAUUCCCGUGGCUGGAUGGCAUGGACAGGGUCGAAAAGCCAAGUGGUGGUCUCCCAUCCUGAUGGCGGUGCGCAACGAAGAAAGCGGCAUGCUCGAGGUGGUGUGCAAAUGCAUCUCGGGAUUUACAGACACGUUCUACAAGGCGAACAAGGAGUUUUAUGAUGAUGGCGAAGAGAGCGGAGAACCAAAGAACACCAAACUGCAGAAACCGAGUUUUAUAGAAUACCACGGGCCGGCGCCAGAUGUCUGGUUCGAGCCGCAGGAGGUGUGGGAAAUGGCAUUUGCGGACAUUACGCUCAGCCCGGUGUAUACGGCAGCCAUUGGGCUUGUGAGCGACGAGCGAGGCCUGAGUUUGCGAUUCCCGCGGUUUUUGAAGAAGAGAGAGGAUAAGAGCAUUGAAGAAGCGAGUACGAAUGAAUUUCUCGCUAAUCUAUGGAGGAAGCAGGAGGCCAAGGCGGCAUCAACGGCAAAGGAUGGUGAGGCUGAGAUGGAGGAUGCUCCUGAUGGUGAGCAAGAGGUCUGA